UGUCCCCCCUUCUCGCUCCCCGGCCAUCUUGGCGGCUGGUCUUGGUUGGGGGCCGCACCUAAGGUAGGAAGAUGGUGGCCGCAAAGAAGACGAAAAAGUCUCUGGAGUCGAUCAACUCUAGCCUCCAACUUGUUAUGAAAAGUGGAAAGUAUGUGCUGGGGUACAAACAGACUCUGAAGAUGAUCAGACAGGGCAAAGCGAAAUUGGUUAUCCUCGCCAACAACUGUCCAGCUUUGAGGAAAUCUGAAAUAGAAUACUAUGCCAUGCUGGCUAAAACUGGUGUUCAUCACUACAGUGGCAAUAACAUUGAAUUGGGCACAGCAUGUGGAAAAUACUACAGAGUAUGCACACUGGCUAACAUUGACCCAGGUGAUUCUGAUAUUAUUAGAAGCAUGCCAGAACAGACUGGUGAAAAGUAAACCAGGAAAGUUUUUCUUUAAUAAAACUUUACCAGAGCUCCUUUUAAAAACAACAACAACAAAAAAAAAAUGUCCCCAAGCACAGUGAUGAAGUUCUUGAUGGUGCUCCUGAGCACAGGAAGGCUGUGGUGUGGUCCUGGGGUGCUCCUGAGCAUAGGAAGGUUGUGGUGUGGUCCUGGGGUGCUCCUGAGCACAGGAAGGCUGUGGGGUGGUCCUGGGGUGCUCCUGAGCUCCAACAAGAGACUAAAAACACACUGAGGAGGUAUCGAGCUACUUCCUUACAGGAUAUGCUCACAGGUUACAUGCAUAUAGACUCUGCAGAACCGGCUCCUGUUAAAAUCUUACUCUUUCAUUGUGUUUUCUUGGAUCACACCAGGCUAAAGGCAAAAUAAGGAGCUUUGCUACCUAGGUUGAGUUCACAUUUUACUUUGGUAAAAACAAUAGUUUUACUUCACCCAAAAAUAUCUACUAUGCAUUAAGCCUCCCACACAGCAUUCUCAAAUAUGUGAUUCAACAGAACUUUUAUUUCUACUUUAUUAGGCCAACAUUAAGUAAAGUGGGUAAUUUAUUCCUAGAAAAAAAAAAUGUACUUGGCUUUUUCCAACCUUAAACAUGAAAAGCUGAAAUGAUCAACUGCAGAAGCAUGUUUUUUGGUCCUUGGUAUCCUGGCUAGUUCAACCUUUAGUGGGCUCUUAGGAAACCAGAACUUUAAAGAGAUCUCUACUAGGGAAUGGGAGGAUGGGCCUAGAGAGAUGGUUCAGUUCUUAAGAGCACUGGCUGCUCUUCCAGAGGACCUGGAUUUGAUCUCAGCACCUACAUGGUGGCUCACAAUUGUCUGUAAUCCAGUUCCAAAGGAUCCAAUGUCUAGCCUCCUCAGACACUAGCACUUGUGGUGCACAAACAUGGAUGCAGGAAAAAUACCCAUGAACAUAAAACAAUUUUCUGAAGAGUUCUCUAUGGAGACCUGUACCCAGCUCUGUGGUUCAGCAUUCCCAUUAGCAGCAACCAUCAAAUCCCCUGUUCUCGGCAAGCUCUGGGUAGAGAGCCUGCCUACCUCUGCACUGGGUCUACAUCUUGUCCCACUUCCACCACACCUGGACAAACAUGCCUCCCAAUUGGUUAUUCCAGGGCUCCUCGGUCCUCUGCAGCCUCAUGCUAAAUGGCAGUUUUCGGUCUAUUAUUUAUUUGUUUGUUUAUUUAUUGGUUUUUCGACACAGGGUUUCUCUGUGUAGCCCUGGCUGUCUUGGAUCUCUCUCUGUCUCUGCCUCCCGAGUGCUGGGAUCAAAGGCGUGCACCACCACUGUCUGGUUUCAUCCUAUCAUUGUUUUAUCAACAGCUGAUGUCCUUUCUCCACAUGAGCAAACUUAGGUUUAAGUUUGAACUUAAGUCCAUUUCUGUUUCCAAAUUUCUCCCAACUCACUUCCUACCACAACCCAACAUUAUUCUCAUUUCCUCUUCACAGUGUCAUCUGUUGGCA